CUAGAGUAAUCAGGAACCUGCUAGAACCAAUUAAGGCAGACAGGCUGAUUAGAACACCUGCAGCCAAUCAAGGCAGGCUAAUCAGGGCACCUGGGUUUAAAAAGGAGCUCACUCUAGUCAGGCAAGGAGGAGCUAGAGAAGAGGAAGUGCAUGUGAGGUGCUGGAGGACUGAGGAGUACAAGCGUUAUCAGACACCAGAAGGAAGGUCCUGUGUUUUCCCUGCUGCGUUGGGCCACGGAGAGUAAAGCACCUGUAGAGGUUGAUCCCAAUGGCGGCAUGGUGCUGCUCAAAAAGGAGAAGCCGGAAAUGGAGCCAAGAGGCCAGUGGAGUAAUAAAAUGGAGUUUAUGCUCUCUGUGGCUGGGGAGAUCAUCGGCCUGGGCAAUGUCUGGAGAUUCCCUUAUCUCUGUUACAAAAAUGGAGGUGGUGCCUUCUUUAUCCCCUAUUUCAUCUUCCUCUUCACCUGUGGGAUCCCAGUGUUCUUCCUGGAGACAGCGCUAGGACAGUACACCAGCCAGGGAGGGGUCACCGCCUGGCGGAAGAUCUGCCCUCUCUUUGAAGGAAUUGGAUACGCCUCACAAGUCAUCGAAUCCUAUCUGAAUAUCUACUACAUCGUCAUCCUGUCCUGGGCUAUCUUCUACCUGUUCAGCUCCUUUACUGCUGUGCUUCCCUGGGCCACCUGUAAUAAUCCUUGGAACUCAGAUCGCUGCGUGGACUUUCUGAAUCACUCUAACAUGGAGAACUGGACAGCGCCUGCUAAUGCCACCUCCCCUGUUACUGAGUUCUGGGAGAAGCGAGUCCUGGGACUCACAGAUGGUAUUCACAAUCUGGGCACUGUGCGCUGGGAGCUGGCUCUCUGCCUCCUGCUCGCCUGGGUCAUCUGCUACUUCUGCAUCUGGAAAGGAGUCAAGUCCACAGGCAAAGUUGUUUACUUCACUGCAACAUUUCCAUACUUGAUGCUUUUUGUCUUGCUGAUUCGAGGGGUCACCCUGCCUGGUGCUGCUGAGGGGAUCAUGUUCUACCUGAAGCCUGACAUUUCCAGGCUUGCAGACCCACAGGUGUGGAUGGAUGCAGGCACUCAGAUCUUCUUCUCUUAUGUUAUCUGCCAGGGAUGCCUGAUAGCUUUGGGCAGCUACAACAAGUACAAUAACAACUGUUACAGGGACUGCUUCAUGCUGUGUUUCCUGAAUAGUGCCACCAGCUUUGUGGCCGGCUUUGCUAUCUUCUCUGUGCUGGGCUUCAUGGCACAAGAACAGGGCGUGCUCAUUUCAGAAGUGGCUGAGUCAGGUCCGGGCCUAGCAUUCACUGUGUAUCCAAAGGCUGUAACGAUGAUGCCUGUGUCUCAGCUCUGGUCCUGCCUAUUCUUCCUUAUGUUGAUCUUCCUGGGACUGGACAGCCAGUUCGUCUGUGUUGAGAGCCUGGUGACGGCCAUUGUUGACAUGUACCCAGAAGUUCUCCAGAGGAAAGGGCACCGGGAGCUGCUGACCCUGGCCAUUGCAAUCAUAUGCUACCUGCUUGGGCUGAUGCUAGUCACUGAGGGUGGAAUGUACAUCUUCCAGCUGUUUGAUUAUUAUGCUGCCAGUGGUACGUGCCUACUGUUCCUGACCAUUUUUGAAGUCAUCUGUGUUGGCUGGGUGUAUGGUGCGGACCGUUUCUAUGACAACAUCGAGGACAUGAUUGGUUAUCGGCCGGGGCCGCUGAUUAAGAUAUGCUGGCAGGUUGUCACCCCUGGUGUUUGCCUGGCGACCUUCCUAUUUUCACUGAUCAAGUACACCCCCCUCACAUACAACAACUGGUACGUGUACCCUCUGUGGGGCUACGCUCUGGGCUGGUUGAUGGCUCUCUCUUCCAUGAUCUGCAUUCCACUCUACGUCAUUUUCAUCCUGCUGAAAACCAGGGGAUCACUAAAGAAGAGGCUAAAGCAACUCACUUCCCCAGCGGAGGACUUGCCUCAGCCAAAGAAGCACCGGGCUAGCGUGUCUGAACCAUUGGAGAGCCCCAAAGCAGAAUACAGGAUCUCAUCCCCAUCAGCCAAGGAAGUGCUCAUAAUCACGGAGAAGGAAACUCACUUGUAAAGCAUAUGGGAAAGGAUUUUGCCUUUGCAUUCUGGAGUGAUUCCCCCUUUCGUUCCUGAGGUGGCUUCUCUUCACACCUGGGACAAUGCACUCCUCAUUUCUCUUCUGCACACCGAGGCAAAGCCAUCCUAGUCAGUGACUCUGGGACAUCCUUCUCCCUCCCCAAGUUUAUCAGGUAGUUAACUGUACAGACUUGGGAUGGCAGUUCUUUUGACACCGCUGGGACAGCUCUCUCCUUCUGCACCUGGGAAAGAGCAGUGUGACUUCACCAGAGGCAUUUAGAGCCCUGACACUGAAAAAAGAACAGUAGAUAUAAAAUAAUGGGGAAAGGAAAUUGCAAAGAGUAGAGAGGUUCAGAAGUAAAGUCAGGAAGGUAAAGGCACAAAAUGAGGGGGUGUGAGCAAAAGGAACAAGUUAAACGGUUUAUAAGUACAUAAAAAGCAGGCAGCUGACACAAGAGAGUGCACAGGUAGGUCACCUACAUACCAGGGAGAGAGAGCCAAUCACAUACUGCAGGCUCUGAGUCUUCCUGGGAAGGGGAUCUAGUAGUUAAAAGAGAGUCUCCAGCCUGCCAGACCUAUUAGUACAACACUGAACCUGUUAAAGAGCCAUUCAAGGGGUAAUGACAUUUAACAGGCAUUUGCCAACCCCCUGCUAGUGAAGGCAGGGGCCUGAACUCGAUGACCUUUCAAGGUCCCUUCCAGCUCUAGGAGAUUGAUAUGUCUCUAAUUAUUAUUUCUGAAUGUACUGACAAAAACAGUUGUGCAUGACUGUAAUAUUUACUCAGAACAUGUCAGUCUACAGGACCUUAGUUUAAAAUUUGCUUUAAAAAUAUUUCAUUAGUG